GUACUGGGACACUAUGAGCUAAUCCCCAGACAACUGUAGUAUUUGUCUCGCGAGAUUGUGCGAAGUGAUAAGUUGAAGAAACAUGGCGACGUCUAAUUUGUUAAAGAACAAGGGGUCCCUGCAGUUUGAGGACAAGUGGGACCUGAUGCGACCCAUCGUUCUCAAGCUGCUCAGACAGGAGGCCGUCACCAAGCAGCAGUGGUUCGACUUGUUCUCAGAUGUCCAUGCUGUGUGUCUGUGGGAUGAUAAAGGACCAGCCAAAAUCCACCAGGCUCUCAAAGAGGACAUCCUAGACUUCAUCAAACAAGCACAGGCUCGGGUGCUGAGCCACCAGGAUGACACGGCGCUGCUAAAAGCCUACAUUGCAGAGUGGAGGAAGUUCUUCACCCAAUGCGACAUCCUGCCCAAACCCUUCUGUCAGCUGGAGAUCACUCUGAUGGGCAAACAAGGCAGCAACAAGAAAACAAACAUGGAGGACAGCAUCGUACGCAAGCUGAUGCUGGACACGUGGAACGAGUCGAUCUUUUCCAACAUUAAGAGUCGCCUGCAGGACAGCGCCAUGAAGCUGGUGCACGCUGAGAGGCUGGGGGAGGCCUUCGACUCCCAGCUCGUUAUAGGAGUACGAGAGUCGUAUGUAAACCUGUGUUCUAACUCGGAGGACAAGCUGCAGAUCUACAGGGAUAACUUUGAGAAAGCCUACCUGGACUCUACAGAGAGGUUUUACAGAACACAGGCACCGUCCUACCUGCAACAGAAUGGCGUCCAGAACUACAUGAAAUAUGCAGACGCAAAGCUAAGAGAAGAGGAGAAGAGAGCACUUAGGUAUCUAGAGACACGUCGUGAAUGUAACUCUGUUCAAGCACUUAUGGAGUGUUGUGUGAACGCCCUGGUGACCUCGUUCAAAGAGACCAUCCUAGCUGAAUGUCCAGGAAUGAUCAAGCGCAACGAGACAGCCAAGCUGAAUCUGAUGUUUUCACUGAUGGACAAGGUUCCCAGCGGGAUUGAACCAAUGCUGAAAGACCUGGAAGAACAUAUCAUGAAUGCUGGACUAGCAGACAUGGUUGCUGCUGCUGAGACUAUCACUACUGACUCUGAGAAGUACGUGGAGCAGUUGCUGACUUUAUUUAACCGCUUCAGUAAGCUGGUAAAGGAGGCCUUCCAGGACGACCCUCGCUUCCUCACAGCGAGAGACAAGGCUUACAAGGCUGUUGUCAAUGAUGCCACAAUCUUCAAACUAGAGCUGCCUUUGAAACAGAAAGGUGUGGGUAUGAAGACUCAGCCAGAGUCAAAGUGUCCUGAGCUGCUGGCAAACUACUGUGACAUGCUGCUAAGGAAAACUCCUCUCAGUAAGAAACUCACCUCAGAGGAAAUUGAGCUCAAACUCAAGGAAGUGCUCUUGGUGUUGAAGUACGUCCAGAACAAAGACGUGUUCAUGCGUUACCACAAAGCUCACCUGACCAGGCGUCUGAUUCUGGACAUCUCAGCAGACAGUGAGACUGAAGAGAACAUGGUGGAGUGGCUGAGAGAAGUAGGGAUGCCUGCUGAUUAUGUGAACAAGCUGGCCAGGAUGUUUCAGGACAUCAAGGUCUCAGAGGACCUCAAUCAGGUCUUCAAAGAGAUGCACAAACACAACAAGCUGGCACUGCCAGCGGACAGUGUGAACAUUAAGAUCCUGAAUGCCGGAGCUUGGUCACGAAGCAGUGAGAAGGUUUUUGUCUCACUUCCCACGGAGCUGGAGGACCUGAUUCCCGAGGUGGAGGACUUUUACAAGAGGAAUCACAGCGGUCGCAAACUCCACUGGCAUCACCUCAUGUCCAACGGCAUUAUCACCUUUAAAAACGAGGUGGGUCAGUAUGACCUGGAGGUGACGACGUUCCAGCUGGCUGUGUUGUUCGCCUGGAACCAGAGGCCCAGAGAGAGAAUCAGCUUCGAGAACCUCAAACUGGCCACAGAGCUGCCUGAUGCCGAGCUGCGCCGGACGCUCUGGUCUCUGGUUGCCUUCCCCAAGCUGAAGAGACAGGUGUUGUCUUACGACCCUCCAGUUGGAUCGCCCAAGGACUUCACUGACAGCACGCUCUUCUACGUCAACCAGGACUUCUCACUCAUCAAAAACUCCAAAGUCCAGAAGCGAGGAAAGAUCAAUCUGAUUGGUCGGCUGCAGCUGACCACAGAGCGAAUGAGGGAGGAGGAGAACGAAGGAAUCGUUCAGCUGAGAAUACUCAGAACUCAGGAGGCCAUUAUCCAAAUUAUGAAGAUGAGGAAGAGGAUCAGCAACGCCCAGCUGCAGACAGAGCUGGUGGAGAUCCUGAAGAACAUGUUCCUGCCACAGAAGAAGAUGAUCAAGGAGCAGAUUGAGUGGCUCAUCGAACACAAGUACAUAAAGAGGGACGAGGCAGACAUCAACACCUACAUCUACAUGGCCUAGGCAGUGUUCGGGGAACUGCUUUCUUGCUCUGUUUUUUACUCCUGGCCUGCGACCAGUGCUUUUACACCUGCAAGCGGAACCGAAGGAUGUGUUUGGAGAAAACGAGCGGGGUGUGUUAGUAGAUGAAGAAGAGCCUUUUCAACAAACGUGUGGAUAUUCGUAGUGCUUGUGAGGCGCCAGUGUGUUGCCAGAGUGUCGUUUUGAGGCGUAGCGUUGAGUCUUUGGGUCGUCCCUCUCUGCUGCCCUCUAGUGUCAGGUCAGAGGAGAGUGGCAGCAGUGUGCGUCGUCUACCUGCAGCCUAGCAGAGAAAAUAGUGACUUAAAUGAAUUAGUCCCUGCCUUACAUUGAUCAGCAACAGACUGUGUGAGAAGAGGAGGGAAUGGAAGACAAAUGUAAUAAACAGAUAUCAAUCCUUUGCUUUGAUGCCACAGCUGCCAUCGUAGCAGCAGCCACGUUGCAUCCAUCUUGGUCUAUGAUGGUGUUGAUUUUGAAGAGGGACUGCAAACAGCUACACAUGAAAGCCACUGAGGAGGAAUGGGCACAGAUGGAGAGACUAGUUCAGACUAUAAGGGGGAUUUUGCCAAAUUGUGUGUGUGUGUGUGUGUGUGUGUGGGUGGGUGCAUAGUGUGCAUCUGGUCGUAUAGAUUUGUGUGUAUGUGCACUUUCAACAGCAUGCUGCUCUCUUUUUUUGUUCAGUGGAGGAUCUGUCACACUUUCUCUGAAAAGCUUGGGAAAUUAGGGCGAGCCACAAUUUAAAUGCAGAUGUUUUCAUCCCAUGUGGCAGGUGAGUUUUAUCAGCGGGUUAGCAAGUAUUGUAUGGAGACGCUGGUCUGUGCCGGCCGAUGAUCAUGCAGUCUAUUUAUUUGGUGUGUAAAAACCUGUGCUCUGAACAUUGUGAUUAAAUACUAACUGAAUGCAUCGAAGAGGGACAUGACUAAAAUUGUGACCAGGUACUUGAUUUUUUCUUUUGUUUUGAAAGGGUGACAGAAACACAGAUGCCUACACACACUAGACUAAAGCUCCAUUAUCGAAUUUUUACCUCAUUACUCCUUGAAGGGCGUCGUUUUUUGCACAGUGUUGUCCCAGGAAAACGCUGUUAAACUAACGACGGGCCCACACAGCUGCAGAAAUGCAUUUUGUUAUGGUUUACAGUUUACUUUUCCCCAAAGCAGAGCACUGUCUGAGCUUUGGUCGUGUAUAUAGUCAUCAUGAUCUGGGGGAGUGUUGCCCCCUCUCCUCAGUACAUGUCCCAAAAUUCUUAAAAAACAACAAGAACCAAAAAAGUAACAUUGGAAUAACACCAGACAGUGAAUCAGCUUAGUCAUGAAGCUGAGGUGGGUUGUUGGUGUCAGCUGAGGACUGUGGAUUGUUCAGCUCUUUUUUUAUUUUGUUUUAUUUCAGUGGAAGCCAAUAUGGAGAAGAGUAAUCAGUUGUUUAUUUUUUUUUACACGAGUCUGGACUUGUUCAUUGAGUUUUAUUCCAAAAAGAGAUGUUAAAUUUUCAACCAACAUUAAAACGAUUUUCUUACACUCAUUUCUUCAUUGAAGCUAAAGGACAGUGUGGGACACUUUUUACUUAAAAAUGCUUUAUACAUUAUCAUUUAAAAUGAACAGCUUGGAGUGAGACUCCUAAUUUUAUAAUUCCUGAUGAAAUUCUUGCAAACCCUUCACAGGCCUGAGAAUCUUGGGAUGGUGUGAACCAAAACACAGCAUGUGGCAAAUCAGCUUCUUGAGGGUUUUUAUUAUCAUUAGAGCAGCGCAGGCCGAGCCGUCAGAUGGAAAGACAAAACGUCAAGUAGCUUUUAUUCUUGAGCGAUUUAUCGGCCGUGACAAAGAAAUGUCCAGUUAUUUUCCCAGAGGCAGAUUAAAGAAGUUGGAAGGUGGUGUUUGUGUGUCCUCCAGUGGCUACAUAUCAGAAAGUGUUACAGCAGCUGAAGUGGUGGCACCAACACUGGUCUGGUGCUGGUUUUCACACUCGGCUGCAUGUUUUGUGCUGCUUAGACAUUUAAUAAGUUUCAGGUUUUAAACAAUGCUUCCAAUGACAGUUCCCACACGCUGUAACAGAGUCCGGGCGCUGCUGCAGAAACAGUGAGUUAUAAAGGAAAAAGCUGCUGAGUCUAAACCACAUUAUCAGUCGCACCAAGGUCAGAAGAGCGCUUUACUCCCGGGGCGUCCUUCUAGUCAGAAAUGCUGCAUUUCCAAAGAUGAGGGUACAUCUCAAAGGUUCUGCUGCAGCUGAACAUGGUGAUGGUGUGUUCGAGUAUGUUCUGACUUUCUUUUCCCUUGAGUAUCAUAUCCAGGGAGGAAGAAGAAAGACAACAGUGAAUGUGUGGGGUUGCAUUUUU